GACAAAGAGAAAAUGUAUUAUUGACAGACCUUUAGUUAGAGAGAGAAACAACAGUGUUGUUCUUCAAAGACAAAAACAAAUACUAGCAAAUUCCCUAUUUUCUCCUUCUCCCCAAAUCCAAUCACACUAGAAAAAAUAAAAUAGCAAUUUUGAUAAUGUUUAUGAAGUUGUAGUAAUAAUAUUAAUAAUAAUAAUAAUGGUUGAAUCUGAAUCCUACAUUUUUAUUUUUCUAUGAAGUUCCGACCGCCGAUUCCCUAAAACCUAAACGCCGAUUCGGCGAUUCAUUUUGUUUUUGUUUUCUUUUGUCUUCGUCUAAUUGUUGUUAUUAUUGUUAUUUCGAUUCGAUUUUAUUUUGCUUAUAUUGAAGGGAUAAAAAAAAAAUUAAUUGAAAAAGGAAGAAAGAUGAACGGUGGUGAUGGUGGAGAUGUCGCGGCAGCUCCGGCGGGUCCACCACCGCCGCUUGAGUGGAAAUUUUCUCAGGUAUUUGGUGAACGUACCGCCGGCGAAGAAGUUCAGGAAGUUGAUAUCAUCUCCGCGAUUGAGUUCGAUAAAUCUGGUGACCAUCUUGCUACUGGAGAUCGCGGGGGCAGGGUGGUAUUAUUUGAAAGGACUGAUACAAAAGAGAAUAUUGGAAGUCAGAGAGAGCUAGAGAGAAUGGACUAUUCAGUGAGUCGGCAUCCAGAGUUCCGCUACAAGACAGAAUUUCAAAGCCAUGAACCUGAGUUUGAUUAUCUGAAGAGCUUGGAGAUAGAGGAGAAGAUCAACAAGAUCCGUUGGUGCCAAUCAUCUAAUGGUGCCCUCUUUCUUCUAUCUACCAAUGACAAAACCAUAAAGUAUUGGAAGGUCCAAGAGAAGAAAGUUAAGAAGAUAUCCGAAAUGAAUAUUGAUCCUUCCAGAGCUGUUGGAAAUGGCAGUGUGGCCAGUUCUAGUGUUUCUUCCAGUCCGAAGCAGUGUCUUGCUAAUGGGGGUUAUGCAGAUAGAUCUGUCAAUUGCUUGAGCAAUGAUUUGUCAUUUCCACCUGGGGGCUUUUCCUCAUUACGUUUACCUGUGGUAGUUACAAGUAAUGAGACCAGCCUUGUUGCAAGGUGCAGAAGAGUGUAUGCUCAUGCACACGACUAUCACAUCAACUCAAUUUCAAAUAACAGUGAUGGCGAAACAUUUAUAUCGGCUGAUGAUCUCCGGAUCAACCUUUGGAACUUGGAAAUAAGCAAUCAGAGUUUCAAUAUUGUUGAUGUCAAGCCAACAAAUAUGGAAGAUCUAACUGAGGUGAUAACUUCAGCAGAGUUUCAUCCUUCUCAUUGCAACACGUUAGCUUAUAGUAGUUCAAAAGGGUCAAUUCGUCUCGUAGAUCUGCGGCAGUCUGCUUUGUGCGACUCACAUUCUAAAUUGUUUGAAGAGCAAGAAGCACCAGGUUCAAGAUCUUUUUUCACCGAGAUAAUUGCUUCGAUUUCAGAUAUUAAAUUUUCUAAGGAUGGAAGAUACAUACUCAGUCGCGACUAUAUGACCCUAAAGCUAUGGGAUAUAAACAUGGAUUCUGGUCCAGUAUCAACCUUCCAGGUUCAUGAAUAUUUGAGACCAAAGCUAUGCGAUUUAUAUGAGAAUGACUCCAUCUUCGACAAGUUCGAGUGUUGCCUUAGUGGUGAUGGGCUGCGAGUAGCUACUGGUUCUUAUAGCAAUCUUUUCCGCGUCUUUGGUUGUGCUGCGGGAACUACUGAAGCAAAUACACUAGAAGCUAGCAAAAACCCCAUGAGAAGACAAGUACAGACUCCUUCAAGGCCUUCCAGGUCCCUGAGCAGUAGCAUAACACGUGUUGUCAGGAGAGGUUCAGAAAGUCCAGGGGUUGAUGCAAAUGGAAAUUCAUUCGAUUUCACGACAAAGUUGCUCCAUCUAGCGUGGCAUCCAACUGAAAAUUCAAUUGCCUGUGCCGCUGCAAACAGCUUGUAUAUGUAUUAUGCAUAAGCGUUAACAGGAGCAAUGUAGUUUUCUUGGAUAGCAUUUUUUCAGGUUGCUUUUUGAGAAAUGUUCUUCAGAAGCAGCUUGAGGUUCUACCAUUUCACUUCCAGGUGCCUCGCCAACCUGUAACAUGAUUUGAUGUCAAGGUCCAGAAGUGGAUGAAAGACUCCACACGAAGCAACUUUGUCUAUGUCAGCAUACUGGUGACCUCGCUGCGUUCUUAUCCCUUCUCGUUUUCUGCUUUGCUCUUUGGAAUUUGUUAUUAUAUUGGGUUGAAGUAGGGAAAGUAUGCCAUAGUUGUCCUACAAGCAAAAACUAAUGGAUGUGCAAAAAAUUGCCACUAGUUUUUAAGGUAAAUGUAGUUUUUACUAGAAAUGUUGGGGGAAAGGAGCUGCUGCUAACUUGCAGGGCGUUUAGCUUAUUUUCCUUGGAUAGCAUUAUUUUUUGUAGGAUAAAUCAGUGUGCCUUUUGUUAUAGAUUAUUAACUCUUUUAAGUAAAUUUUUUUUGUAAAACAAGUUGAAGGGCACUGACAUUUUGCUUACCUGUAUUUUUUGCUUUUGGGAAGUGAAAUUGGCACUGUUAAGCUUGUCACUCCUUACAGAAUGUCAGUGUUUUAACAUUCUAUAACUCAUAUUAGAUUGAAGUCUGUAGUUUUUCGUA